UUUAACGCAUUCUUACAUCAUGUUGCAUUGUUUGCGUGAAAGCCGCUGAGCUAGGAGGGCUGUUGCGCAGCGACUGGAAACAGUUGUGGGAAUGUCAAGAACAAGCCUCACACUGGCCGGCAUAGCGGCGCUCUGUGCUGGGUUCUCAGUUAUCUUUGUUGUAAAGACGACUUGUAUCUUUCACCCAGCACGGGGGGAAAUCAGCGACGUGCAGCAUGUCGUGGCGCUGCUAAGGAGCUGGGAGCAUCAGGCCGCUGACCCGGGGAUAGGGCGGGUGGCGGACCAUAUCACCAAGUUGCUAGAAGUGGAGCAGGAGCAGAAGCAACAGAAGCAACAGGAACAACAGCAGCAGGAUCAGGAGCGGAAGCGGCUGCUAGAGCAGCAGGCGGCUCUGGCGGCGGGGGAUGGCGUCGGCUCAGCACUUCAGACGCUAGCGCUGGCAGGGCUGCAGUGUCCCAUCGCGCACGGCACGGAGCUCUGGGGCAACGCACUGGUGUGGGGCGAUAGCCACAAGACCAAGAGCAUGGCGGACUGCUGCGCCGCCUGCCACGCGCACCGCGCCACCGCCGCACGCGGGGGCCUGGAGCGCAACGGCCCCACCAGCACCACCUGCAACACCUGGGUGUACUGCGGCGACAAGGCCCGCUGCGGCGCCCGCCACGGUGACUGCUGGCUGAAGCACCAGGACACGCUGCCGCGCGGGGACGUGCCGCUGGGUAACGGCACCUCCAUGUGGACCUCAGGGGUGGUCUAUGACGACCUGGGCGAGCAGUACAGGGAGUACGGCACCCUGGUGCUGCACACGCCCGUGGGGGACAUCCGCAUCGCCCUGUUGCCCGCCCUGGCGCCGUACGUGGUGCGGGAGCUGCGGCGGGAGGUGGCCAUGAUGGCAGCCACCGGGGGCACAUGCUUCGGCUGCAAGCUCUACCGCGCCGAGGACUUUGGCAUACAGGGCAUCAUCAUCACGCCGGGCGCCUACAUGGCCUCCGGCAACUUCACGCCGCCCGCACCCAUGCCCAAGAUCCCGCCCGGCCACGUGUGCCGUGCCGGCUCGGCAGGCUCGGCGCACUUCUUCAUAAACUUCUUUGAGGCGGACUGGGGCGAGGCCAUGUGCUGGGGCAAGGUUGAGGACCUCACGCUGUCCAAGGCCAUCUCCACCCGGCCCCUCCGCGCCAAGAAGUCGACCAACGAGCUGUCCAUGCUGGCUGAAGAGCUGUUCUUCACACUCAGCCUGGAAAAGUAGAGGACAUGAGGAACAGGCGUAGCUAGGGGUCUCUUAGGGGCGCGAAGGCGCGGCGCAGGCUCCAGGGAGAUCGGGGGGGUGGGGUGCCCUUCAUGUGAAGUACGGGUUGAUGGGGGGAUGUAAGGGGGUCUAGGUAUGUCGUGGAGCCUGCCCAAUGACCCUGCGGACAAAUUGAGAACGAUGACAACAGGACCUGGGCCUUUCAUGCUGUGAGGCGGCUGCCGGGAGCCCGGCAUUGGCGCGAGGGCGCGCGGAUGUGUGUGUGUGCCAGGUGUGCAGUCGUGGGGCCUGGGAAGUGGGGGCGAUGGGACGACAGGGUAAGGGGCGCGUAGUCCCGUAGUGUGCACUGUCCCAGACCCCAGGUCCCCAGCAAUCAGCAAUCAAGUUGCGACGGCGAGGCUUUGGCGAUCUAAUGCGCGGCUGGUUGAACGCCGGAGGACUUGGGGGCUCCGUCGGCUUGGUUGAACGCCGGAGGACUUGGGUGCUCCGCGGUUGGUUAAACGCCGGAGGGUUUGGAGGCUCCGUCACAAGGCUGUGCGGGUAGCUGCGCUGACUAGAGGCUGGUGACGUGGCGUGGUGGCAGUGCUCAGGGGUGGCAGCUGGAGGAGGCGGAUCGCAGUAUGUGUAUACCAUGACAGCCG